UUAAGUGUGUACACUACCACACGGUCAAACAUUGGUGCUGAGAGCAACGUAGAUCUGGUCCUGAACGUGGAGGAUUUUGAUAUUGAGUCCAAAUUUGAGAGGACAGUGAAUGUUUCUGUACCAAAGAAAACCCGAAAUAAUGGCACAUUAUAUGCAUAUAUAUUUCUUCAUCAUGCUGGCAUUUUGCCUUGGCAUGACAGUAAGCAGGUGCAUAUAGUAAGCCCUCUGACCACGUACAUGGUCCCUAAACCAGAAGAGAUAAAUUUGCUCACUGGAGAAUCGGCCACACAGCAAAUCGAAGCAGAAAAACAGACCAGUGCUCUAGAUGAACCUGUCUCUCACUGGAGGUCAAGGUUAACCUUAAACGUCAUGGUAGAAGAUUUUGUGUUUGAUGGAUCAUCCCUCCCUGCUGACGUUCACCGCUACAUGAAGAUGGUUCAGCUGGGGAAGACUGUGCAUUACCUUCCAAUACUAUUUAUUGAUCAGCUAAGCAACAGAGUGAAAGAUUUGAUGGUUAUAAAUCGUUCAACAACAGAGCUACCUCUUACAGUGUCGUAUGACAAAAUAUCUCUUGGAAAACUCCGAUUUUGGAUCCACAUGCAGGAUGCUGUGUACUCCUUACAACAAUUUGGGUUUUCGGAAAAGGAUGCAGAUGAAGUAAAAGGAAUUUUUGUUGAUACUAACCUGUACUUUCUGGCUUUGACGUUCUUCGUAGCAGCAUUCCAUCUUCUCUUUGAUUUCCUUGCAUUCAAAAAUGACAUCAGUUUUUGGAAGAAAAAGAGGAGCAUGAUUGGGAUGUCUACAAAAGCAGUGCUUUGGCGGUGCUUCAGUACUGUGGUAAUAUUUCUUUUCCUUCUGGAUGAACAAACAAGUUUAUUGGUACUGAUCCCAGCAGGCAUUGGCGCAGUGAUUGAGCUCUGGAAAGUGAAGAAAGCUUUGAAAAUGACAAUCAAGUGGCAAGGCUUGAGACCCAAGAUUCAGUUUGGUACAUACAGUGACUCUGAAAAGAAAACUGAGGAGUAUGAUGCGCAGGCUAUGAAAUACUUGUCCUAUUUGCUUUAUCCACUGUGUAUUGGAGGUGCAGGUUACUCCUUGCUGAAUGUCAAAUACAAAAGCUGGUACUCCUGGUUGAUUAACAGUUUUGUCAACGGAGUAUAUGCUUUUGGGUUCCUGUUUAUGCUGCCCCAGUUGUUUGUAAACUACAAGAUGAAAUCUGUUGCACACUUACCAUGGAAGGCUUUCACAUACAAAGCAUUCAACACUUUUAUUGAUGAUAUAUUUGCUUUUAUCAUCACUAUGCCAACGUCUCAUAGGCUGGCGUGCUUUAGAGAUGAUGUUGUGUUCCUGGUCUAUCUUUACCAAAGAUGGCUUUAUCCUGUGGAUAAGAGCAGAGUGAAUGAAUAUGGAGAAUCUUAUGAAGAAAAGCCCCCAAAAAAGGCUCAUAGAGAAUGACUAAGAAUUGAAGAAGUUCUGACCCCUGGACUCUUAACUGGCUUCAUGUAUUAUCUGGUCUUAAGAAAGGAAAAACUUAUUUAAUAAGAGUAUUUUUAAAGCUUGUGACAGAUCUACAUGGACAAUACAUCUUCUAUAUUGCCAAAAUCUAGUUUUGAUAUCCUCCUCUUUCAAGACCCUCUUUUUGUCCUCACAAGGUCCACAGUCUGCCAGAUGUCAUUGAACAAACUUCCUGCGUCUAAACUUCUCUUCGAGUGUCCUGACCACUGUAAUUAACAUCCAAAUCUGUGUUUUUAAGACAACUCACUAACUGAAAGCGUGGUGCCUGUGUCACCAGGCUACGAGAAGUGAAAAAACAGGCCAGUGUGUUACAGCAGAAUGGAGCAUUAUUGUCACACUGGAGGCUGUCAAAAGUAAAAUGUGUAAUAUUGGGUUAUAUGCUAAUUACAAAUCAUUCUCGUCUGAUAAUGGAGAUAAUGGAAAGUCUAGAAAUUGUGAUUGAAGCUGUAAGUUGUAUGUGGGCAUUUAAGUUCAUAGCUUAAAAAAAAAAUGUGUUGGAAACGUAGGGUGAGACAGAUAGGGUUGUUAAAAUUCAAAUUCUGCCACAUUCUUAGCCCACAACAUGGCAGAGGGUUUCAGUUGUCUUAAACUGAAUGAAGAUGUGAAAAACCUGUGACAUGGUUUCUUUCAAUAUGUGUCCCAAGUUUGUAUAAAUCCUUCUGCAUUGUUGACAAACCUUCUGAUUUCUUGGCAGAGCAGGUUUUCAUAUAAAGCAAAUCAUUGUUACGUGCUGGGAAAGUCUCUUAACACAUCUUAAAUUCUUAAUCAUGUGACAUCCUAGGCCAAUUCUGUCGUGUUUCAAAGGGAAUAAUUCCUUGGUCUUUCCCCUCUCCUUCCCCGCCCUGGUCUGUUUAUAAGAUGAAACACGUGUCAUUCAAGUGGAAUGAUUUUGCUCAAAUGCAAUACAGGUUCGACACACCACCUGGAUACAGAGGAAAAAAACCCAGCCUGGUGAAGAACAGGCAUCUUACUUUUGUACAAUUUAAA